AUGACGCCAUGUUUUCAUUCCCCCUUCCUACACUCCCGAUAUCAGUUUGUGGGGGUGGGAGUGUUGUUUAUUUGUACUUGUUUGUUUGCUGGUUUCACAGCUCUUCUAAACCAGUAUCACCCUUUAAAGGCGGCGCGUGAGCAUCCCUCUGGUUUUGUACGUUGGCAAUGCAAAGGUGAUUGGAAAAGAAUGUCAGUACACCGUGGGCUCCGUUCCUUCUUCCGUACGCAUGCAAAAGGUAAGUAUGUGCAUGUGCGUGUGGCUGUGUGCGCAUGUGGGUUCUUCAUUGACGCCUCUUCUCGGCCAAACCGUGGGGAUACUUAUCAGCGGCUACAUACCAUCAAAUUACAUCUUCUUCUAAUGUACCCUCACGUUCAGCCCCAGCCGCUUUUUUUUUCUGAUUUUCCAAGCUGUCUACAGCACGCCCAUUGA